AUGCCAUUCCCAGGUUUCGAUAUCGCCGAAUACAGCACUCCUGAGUUCACUCGAUAUGCUGCCAUCCAUGAGCAGACCAACGGGGCAGGCGAUGCCCGCCCCACUGCGCUUCAAAUUGUCGAGGACAACGAUCUCGAAGGUAAACUUGACAGCAAGGUUAUCCUCAUCACUGGAUGCUCCUCUGGUAUUGGUAUUGAGACCGCUCGUGCCCUGAAGACCACAGGCGCACACAUUUUCUGCACUGCACGUAGUCUUUCCAAGGGCCAGAAGGCACUCGCCGACAUUCUCGAACCAGGGAAAGUCGACCUUCUCCAUCUGGACCUCAAUUCUCUCGCGUCGGUCCGUCAAUUUGCCGCAGAGUUCCUCAAAGCCGGCGGCGGCAAGCUGAACAUCCUCAUCAACAACGCCGGAGUAAUGGCAACACCCGAAGGCAAAACCGAAGACGGCUUCGAAAUGCAAUUUGGUACAAACCACUUGUCACACUUCCUCCUUUUCCAGCUUCUCAAGCCCGCCUUACUCUCGUCCUCCACCCCCGACUUCAACUCCCGAGUCGUAAGUUUGUCUUCAUCGGGUCAUCGCUACUUUCCCCCGAAGAUGGAAAACAUCACAAGCGAAUAUGACGCGAAUCGCGCCUACGCCCACUCCAAAACAGCAAACAUCUGGUUCGCCAACGAAGUCGAUCGAAAAUACGGCUCUCAAGGUCUGCAUGCACUCUCUCUGCAUCCCGGUGGUAUUUGGACGGGACUCAUGGACUAUAUUCCUCCAGAGCAAUUGGCGCUAUGGAAACAAACUCCCGCUAUAAGCAAGAUCAUGAAAUCCGUUGAACAGGGCGCUGCGACCACUGUUUGGGCUGCGAUUGGUAAAGCUUGGGAAGGGAAAGGGGGGAGAUAUCUCGAGGAUUGCCAGGUCAGUUCUCCUGUCACUGAGGGCUAUCAGGUCAUGGACAGGGGCUACGAGAAGUGGGCGUAUGACCCUGAGAAUGAGGCUAAGCUUUGGAAGAUGAGCAAUGAGUAUGUUGGGUUUAAGGAGGAGUAG